UUCACCAUCCUCGAUGUCAGCACCAACGUUAUCUUCAUACACAUGACAAUGAAUGAGCGGCCCAUGCCAUGGGGCAACAUCCUCAAAUCCAACUCCAACGGAACUUACUUUGGGGCAUCCAUCGAGAAUGUGAACAGGAAAAAUCGCGACUUCAUCGACUUUGAAAAAUUCGCAGGUUUGAAUGGCAUUGCGAUGGUCAACGUGGUGGCCAAUCCUGCAGAGGCUGCACUCACGGGUCGUAAGACUCUGCAGACCAGGAUCACACAUAAUGAUGGUGGUACUUGGAAGGCGCUUCUAGCCCCUUCAGUAGAUUCGCUGGGUCAGAAGUACCCUUGUUCAUCAUUGGCCUGCGCGCUCCAUGUGCGCGGAUUCACGGAGUGCGUCGACGCCCGAGUGACAUAUAGUAGCCCUUCCGUCGUCAGUGUCGUGAUGGCAGUCGGGAAUGUUGGCGACGCGCUCGCCCCCUACACCGAGAGCAAUACAUUCCUAUCCCGGGAUGGUGGGUUCACAUGGGAGGAAGUGCGCAGGGGCGCGCAUCUGUGGAAGUUUGGCGACUCAGGCUCUGUCAUCAUGAUCGUGAACGACCAGGAGCCGACGGAUCACAUCUUGUUUACGACGGACCAGGGGCUCAGAUGGCUAGAGUGUUUGAUAAGAUAUGGUCUAUGCCCAGCAUCCGGUCAGAGUUCAGGGUUGUCUGAGCGAAGUUCUAAACUUAUUGAGGAGCUGACUGCAUGGCUUUCAUGA